AAAAUCAAACAGAGAAGUAACUAAAAUUCUGAACAUUUUUCUUGGUUGACUUUCUUGCUCUCACUCGAUGGGAAAGCUCCAACAUGGAUCUCAUGAAUGCGAGUUGACCUCGCCGGGGAUCGUCGCAAAUGGGAUCUGCAACAUCUGCUUCAAAGAUGAACCUGUUGAAUUCGCCUGUGACCCUUGUAAUUUCGAUCUCUGCAAACCUUGCUCCGAUCUUCCCCAGCAAAUGUCACACCAUCUUCAUCCAGAGCACCCUCUAGAGUUUCGUAUUGGCGAAGAUGAUCGGAAGACCAAAUACAUGGUGUGCGUCGGGUGCGGAAACAUGUCUUCUGGAACCUACUAUUACGAGUGUAACAAGUGUGAGAUCUAUCUUGAUUUGGGUUGUGCACUUCACAAGAGCAUAACAACGGGUUGGGAAGCCAAAGAGAUGCUCCACUACAGCCAUGAACACCAGCUUAAAAGGUGUAGGCCAGGACCAGAUUCCAAAGGCUCUUGCCUUCUCUGUGAGCAACCUCUCUCUUUCACUGCAAUAUGUUAUGGUUGCGUUCACUGUUACUUGUUUUUUCACGAGCGUUGCCUUGAUCUUCCAACCGAGAUUCAACAUCCCCUGCAUCCUGUGCAUCCUCUCAAACGCCUUGAUUAUAUACAAACUUUUGACGGUCGGAAAUCUUGUAAUGCUUGUUAUGCCAAGUUUGUUGGUGUCCCAUUUGGUUGCUUAGAAUGUGGGUUUUACCUUCAUCUGAGAUGUGCAGAUGCCUUGUUGCGGGGUUUGUUGUAUAAGUCUCAUGAACACAGGCUGUUUUAUGUAGAACAUCCUGGUGGUCCCGUUUUUGAUAGAGUAAAAUACCCAUGUCUAAUAUGCCAGAAAUCUGUGCUCUUAAACAAAUUCUAUUAUUUAUGCGUCCAGUGUGAUUUGAGAUGUCAUACCGAGUGUCUUGUGAUACCUGAAUAUGUGAUCAAGAAAUCCUAUCACAUCCAUCAACUUAGACAUAAAAGAGUCGAAGCCGAGGACGAUUUUUUGGAGUAUUGUGGUGUUUGUGAGACUCUGGUAUAUUCAGAACAUCCUGCAUAUUCCUGUGAAGAAUGUGAUUUUCUCGGUCACACUGAAUGCAUUCUACGCGAGGAAGUGCCUUCCCCAUUGUACUUGAAAGAUCUGUACUCUUGCAGCAAAGACAACACAAGAUCCAAAAAUCUUACAAACCUUGAAAGCAGUGAAUCAGAAGAUAGGUUACUGGUUAAUAGCUACAAUCAUAUUCAUGUGAUGAGACUGGUCUACAUGAGUGAGCUUGGGGAAGAAAGAAAGUGCAACAUGUGUUAUACAGAGAUACAUGAUAAUCCUUGCAAAUGUGAGACAUGUAGCUUCCAAUCACAUGAUUUCUGUGCAGAGCUUGGGCGACCAUCAAGGCAUCAAUCUCAUUUGAACCAUUCUUUGACCCUUCUACCAUAUUCCCCUAGAAGGAUAAAAAGUACGUGUAAGUCCUGCAAACUUGAUAUAAGAGGGUUCAAUCUCUUCUGUCGUAUAUGCAAUUUUAUCAUCGACAUCAAUUGCGCUUUGAAAGACAAAAAAAUGCAUGGUGCAUUACACAUGGGUCAGAAAAUCAUUGGAACAUGGGACGACCGUGAGGAAGCAACAGAAGAGGAACAACUUCAAGACAUCUAUCUUAUGUACCUUGACAGUGAUCUCGUUGAUCUUUUAGUGUUGGCAACAGAAGAUCCUGUGGUCGAAGCCAAGGAUUUCUCUUAGUUUGGUUCUGCCUCCCUCGCUGAAACUGAAUACUGAAAAUUCCCUUAUCUGAGGUUAUGCCUCAACCUCUUCUCGUUUUCUUAUGUGUUUUUACAAUGGAAGGUGGCAUGUUCGAAGACUUGAGACUCUGAUGAGUCUUAGUUUGUUAUGUGUCCCUCUCUCAAAUGCAACUUCAGUGAACUAAAGUUAUGUUUCAGAA